CUUUUUUUGUACUUUUCUUUUCAGUGCAAAGAACACGUGGAGCGGUCUCAUGUCGUACGCCGCAGUGCUCUUCUUCGUCGUCAUCCUUAUCUUCGCUGGCGUAUUCAUGAUACUAAAGCAAAGUGACGAUACGAAGAACACGGAGUCGGUGGACGAUACUGAGCCUUCCGCAGCCUCGGCCAUGCAUCCCAUGGCGAACUUGGCCAGUGCCCUCACAAACGACUCCGAACAAGGGCCACAGUUGCCGCAGACACCGUUCGUGUGCACGGUCGGCCUGUCCUUGGACUUCUUCAAUCACACGGGCCUGUUGCGCCAAGACGGCCUGUGCGACUACUUCAUCUUCCACUCGACCUUCGUGCGCGACGCCGGGGGCCAAGCCGACCUGUGGAACGGGCGCAACUACACGCGCGCCUUCCGCACCUUCCUGGCAUUCGCCAAGGCGGCUCGAAAGACGGCCUACGGCGUGGCUGUCACGCACAGGAAAUCGAGGGACGCACUAAGACAGCUGGGCACCGAGGUGGGCGUACGAGAGUUCAUCGCCUACUGGAACUACGGCGUCCGUCACCACGCUGUUUUGGACGUGCACGAAAGCCGGUCCAGCGGCGUCGGGGGCGUGCGCGCGUCCUUCGCUUUGCUCAAGGCGUUCAAGUUUCUACAGCACGCACAUAUGGAAAACGGUAGCCUCAACCCGGCGAACAUCUUCCUCGGCUGUUCGACGAUACUGUACGAGGAUAGUUUACUGCAUAAAAGUCUCACCGAUGAAUUAAGUCUCCUCCCUGUGGACGUCUUGAUCCUCACCACUCACUUGAUGGCGUCCGAGGACAGCGGCAGGGUAGUCGUUCCCCCCACUGCCCUCAGGUCUCCGGAAGGACGCCACCCGCCGGCCAUUUUAGACGUGGCGCAUCACCUAUCCGAGGCCGAGUACCUGAGCCCAACCACCACUGUUUGCUUUACGCUCACCAUGGCGGUGCUGGCCUACGAUGUGCCCUGGAAAACCCGCGUUGGAGCGUUCUAUGACAAAGGACCCGUGCGAGUGCCCAUAAAAGAGAUGUGCAGGCAUCCGAACUACCCGCAAGAUAUCAAGUACGGAAAUGGCACAGUAAUUGCUCGGUUCCACUCUGCGACGAAGAAGCGCCUCUACCUGUUCGACACGAAAGAGAGCUUUCGCUUCAAGAUGUGCGCGCUCCGCCACAUAUUUCCCGAGCUCGUGCACGGCUGGGCCAUCUUCGACGUGGACCUCGCAGACUACGACGGCACGUGCAACGGCGUUCCGAGAAGCUUCGACCGUGUACGCGCCAUUCGCGAAACCUUCAACGAGUACCUCGAGCUCGGCCGGGAAUGGUCGCCCUCGAGGCCAUGCUGAACCUGCAUGCUCUCCUGAUCGUGCUCGAAAAAAAAAAAAUAUCCCGGAAAGUCGUCA